AUGUCAAAUAAACCUGUAGCUACUAAAGUUAUUGCAUAUAUUGCUGGUACUAAUCCAAUAUCAUCAUCGUCAUCAAUAUUUGAUUAUUUUAAUUCAUCAACAUCAAUUUCUUAUUCAACAUCAAAUCCAACAUUUAUUAUUGAAUUUAAAACAAAUAUUUAUGUUGAAUUAAAAUCAAUAUCCAUCACAAAUAAUGAAACAAAUGUUCGGAAAUAUAAAAUUGAUUUAAUCGAUAAUGAUCGAACAAUUUUACAAACAAUUUUCAUCGAUACACAACACACACAAUCGAAUAUUAAUUUUCAUGUUCCAAUUGCUGCAUUGCAAAUAACGUAUCUUACAACAAUAGAUGGACAGCCACCAAGAAAUAUUAUUUUGAGUAUUGAUGGAUGUUUUGGAAUAAAUCUGUCUCCAACAGCAACAACGGUAACUACUCCAGUAACGACGAUACAACAACCACCGAUGUUAACAACUAGUCAUUGUCAUGAAAUCGAUAUGAUGAAUAAACUUGAUUCUACUAUUCUGGUAGAUUCAAUAACUGGUACAUUACCUAGAAAAACUACUAAUAAAUUAAGUGAUUAUUUCAAUGAAACAUCAUUAGUUUCAUAUGAUGCACAGCAAUUACCUAUAACUUUUCUCAUAAUUUUAAAAUCGACUAUUUAUGCUGAAAUUCAAACAGUUUCUUUAAUAAGUUCAACAACAAAUGUUAAAAGAUUUCAAGUUGAUCUUAUUGAUGAUUACAAAUCAAUUGUACAAACAAUUGAAUCCAAUAAGGAUUUAACUGUUGACGGUUUAACAGAAGUUGGUAUUGCUGCAAUACAAAUCACAUACAUUGAAACAAAUAAUAAUCAACCACCAAAAAAUAUUCGUCUGUCAAUUAAAGGUUGUUUUGGUAUCCUUCCAACACGUCGACGAACAACACAAACAAUUACAUCAACCACAACAAAGCCAUCUGGAACAACAUCAGCCACAACAAAACCACCUCAAACAACACAAAGAAUAAAACGUAAUAAACAUAUGGCAGAAGAGAAAUUUAGAACCUGA